AUGGCUCCCACAAGCAACUCUUCUACAGUUUAUAGCAAUGUUAAAGUUCCUUUGUUUGAAGGAGAAAAUUAUGAUUUUUGGGCUGUUAAAAUGGAGACUUUAUUCACCUCUUUGGAUGUCUUGGAGUUCGUCCAAAACGAGUAUGAAGAAACAGCAGCAACAGAGGUUGGAGAAUCAAGCCAACAACUUGAAGAAUUGAAGAAGAAAAAGAAGAUCACAGAUGCUGGAGUUCUCGGAAUGAUUCAAAGAGCAAUCUCUAUAUCCAUUUUCCCAAGGAUUAUGAGAGAAAAUACAUCAAAGGGAGCAUGGAAUAUUCUACAACAAGAGUUUGAAGGAGACUCAAACUCACAUGGAGAUACAAUAGAUGAUCGCAGAAUUGUUGAUAAAAUUCUGAUUAAUUUGACAGAAAAAUUUGAUCCUAUGAUGGCUGUUAUAGAAGAAACUAAAGACCUAUCAACUAUGUAUGUUCAAGGGUUGAUGGGGUCUUUGAGGUCCUACGAAAAAACAUUGUUACGACACUCUGAAAAAUCAAUUAAGAGUGCCUUUCAAUCUAAACUCAAUAUUCAACCCAACAAUGGUGAAAAUAAGCCCCCAUUACAAAAUAGAGAUGAGUCUUCUAGAGGUGGUAGAUUUGGAAGAGGCAUGGACAGAGGAAGAAACUCACGAGGAAGAGUGUAG